UAAACACGGAAGUCUACGGUUCAAUCUUAAAAUAGUCGCAAUAAGCUUCGUCAAGCGUUGUUUAUCAGUGUUUUCUCUGGUCAGUUUGAAUGUGUAUGUCUAACACAGCAAUCGUCUAUAAAACGACGAACAGCGUUGUCGUUCAGGCUUAAAUAAAGUUCGUAAUAACACAAGAAGCUUAAACCAUGUGCUAAAGUUUAAUGGCUUCAGAUAGAGACCCAUUUGUGAUCGUAGGUGGGGGGAUCGCAGGAGUAACUUGUGCAGAACAGCUCGCAUCGCAGUUCCCAUCUGAAGAGGUUUAUCUUCUGACAGCCUCCCCAUUAGUUAAGACGGUUACAAAUUUCAAGCAGGUUUCAAAGACCUUGGAGGAAUUCAAUGUAGAGGAACAGCCAUCCAGUGUUUUAGAAGGAAAAUAUCCCAAUCUGAAAGUCAUACAGUCUACAGUCAAACUGCUGCAAGUUAAGCAACAUCUUGUGCAGACAGAGAAUGGCCAGACGUUCCACUACAAAAAGUUGUGCCUCUGCAGCGGGGCCAGACCCAAGCUUCUUACCCAGGACAACCCACAUGUUCUGGGCAUACGAGACACAGACAGUGCUCAGGAGUUUCAAAAGCGCUUAUCAAAGGCAAAAAGGAUUGUUGUGGUUGGAAAUGGAGGAAUCGCUUUAGAAUUGGUAUAUGAAAUUGAAGGUUGUGAGGUGAUUUGGGCUAUAAAGGACAAAGCCAUAGGAAACACAUUCUUUGAUGCAGGAGCUGCCCAAUUUCUCAUUCCCUCGCUGGAACCUGACAAAAAAGACAGAUCGUUGCCCUGCAAAAGAGCACGUUACACUACUGACAAGACAGGAGCAGGCCAGAGUGGGGUGUCAGGAGAGCUUGGCAGCGCCCUGGGCCCAGAUUGGCAUGAGGGAGUUGAACUGAGAGGAGCAGAGAAGAGUUCCAGUCGCACCCAUAUGGAAUAUGAGUGUGAAGUUGAGAAAAUCUACACACAGCAAGACUUCUUCAUGUCUGAUCUCAACAAAGAGAAUUCUAAACUAGGAAUGUGGCCAGUUUACGUUCAGCUAACCAAUGGGAUGGCUUACGGCUGUGAUUUCAUUGUCAGUGCAACAGGGGUGGUGCCAAACACUGAUCCUUUUCUCUGUGGCAACAAUUUUGAGCUGGCAGCAGAUCAUGGACUUAAAGUAGAUGAUCACAUGCGGACAUCUGAACAGGACGUGUACGCAGCGGGUGAAGUGUGUACCAUAGGCUGGGAGCCCAGUCCUCUUUGGCAACAGAUGCGCUUGUGGACUCAGGCACGUCAGAUGGGCUGGUACGCAGCACGUUGUAUGGCAGCAGAAGUGCUAGAGGAGUCUAUAGAUUUGGACUUUUGCUUUGAGCUCUUCUCACACAUCACCAAGUUCUUUAACUACAAGGUGGUUUUGCUGGGAAAGUUUAAUGCACAGGGAUUGGGUCAGGAUCAUGAGCUUCUUGUGCGCUGUACUAAAGGUCGGGAGUAUGUGAAGGUGGUUCUGUCUGGGGGCCGAAUGCUUGGGGCCGUCCUAAUCGGAGAUUCUGAUCUUGAAGAAACCUUUGAGAAUCUCAUUCUCAACCAAAUGGACUUGUCCCGAUAUGGUGAAGAGCUGCUUAACCCUAAUAUUGACAUUGAAGACUACUUCGACUGAAUAUUUGUGGCUAGCCAGUCCUAUUACCUUAAAAUCAUAAAUAUCUUUAUUUAAACACCCCCAAAUGUACAAAACAAACUGAAAUUAUUAUAUUCUAUUUUUUAUUGGAAUUUAUUAAUUGAUAUGUUUGAUUUGAUCCUUAAUUUGGAUGUGUUGUUUUCUCACAUCAUGAGUCAAAUCAUUCUUUUGGUAUCAUUACUGAAGCAAUGAACUCAUUAUCAAUAAGACAUCUUAUGGUUUUGGGUUUGACCUCCAACGCUCAUAAUUUCUCACUUGCUGUUUAACUUCAUUAUUCUGUGAUUUGGCUGGUCAUGUAAAUAAAAGGUGUUCAUAAUAAC